UUGGCGUCGCCGCCUGCCGCGCUCCGGGGCGGGGAACGGCUCGGGCGAGCCUGCGCCGCCGCGACCCCUCUGCGCUCCAGCGGCCGCAGCGCGUGGGCGUCCCGGGCGCUGCUCGUAUGGACGCGACGACGAAGCGGAGCCGCUCCGAGGAGCCGGCCGAGUGCCUGCCGCCGGUUCGGGACGUGGAGGAGGAGGCGGAGGAGGGCAUGGAGCGGGGCCUGGAGGAGGAGGAGGAAGAAGAGGAGGUGGACCCUCGGAUCCAGGGAGAAUUGGAGAAGUUAAAUCAAUCCACAGAUGACAUCAACUGCCGGGAGACUGAACUGGAGGAUGCCCGCCAGAAGUUCCGCUCUGUCCUGGCGGAAGCAACGGUGAAAUUGGACGAGCUGAUGAAGAAGAUUGGCAAGGCCGUGGAAGAGUCGAAGCCCUACUGGGAGGCGCGGAGGGUGGCGAGGCAGGCCCAGCUAGAAGCACAGAAGGCCACACAGGACUUCCAGAGAGCCACGGAGGUGCUGCGCGCAGCCAAGGAGACCAUCUCGUUGGCCGAGCAGCGGUUACUGGAGGACGACAAGCGGCAGUUUGACUCGGCUUGGCAGGAGAUGUUGAACCAUGCCACCCAGAGGGUCAUGGAGGCUGAGCAGACUAAAACGAGGAGCGAGCUGGUGCAUAAGGAGACGGCGGCCAGGUACAACGCUGCCAUGGGCCGCAUGCGGCAGCUGGAGAAGAAGCUCAAGAGAGCCAUCAACAAGUCCAAGCCUUACUUUGAACUCAAGGCGAAGUACCAUGUGCAGAUGGAGCUGCUGAAGACGACGGUGGACCAGCUGCAGGCCAAGCUGAGCCUGGCCAAGGGCGAGUACAAGGCGGCCCUGAAGAACCUCGAGAUGAUCUCGGAUGAGAUUCAUGAGCGCCGGCGCUCCAGCGCCAUGGGGCCCCGGGGCUGUGGUGUGGGCGCCGAGGGCGGCAGCACGGCUGUGGAGGGCCCGCCGGUGGGCAAGCCCGAGCUGGACGCCGUCUCUGUGGCCUCGGAGGCCUUUGAGGAUGACACCUGUAGCAACUUGGUAUCUGAAGAUGACUCGGAAACCCAGUCUCUGUCCAGCUUCAGUUCGGGACCCAUGAGCCCAUCAGAGAUCCCCGAGCAGUUCCCUACAGUGGUGCGGCCUGGCAGCCUGGACCUGCCCAGCCCAGUGUCCCUGUCUGAGUUUGGCCUGAUGUUUCCCAGGCUGGGCCCACGCAGUGAAUGCAGUGGGGCCUCCUCUCCGGAGUGUGAGGUGGAGCGAGGAGACAGGGCAGAAGGAGCAGAGAAUAAGACAAAUGACAAAGGCAGCAACAACCGGGGCCUCAGUGGCGGCGGCCGUAAGAGCCCGAGCAGCGUCUCCCUGGAGGGCCAGGCCUUGGAGAGCCGCAUGCAGCAGCUCUCUCUCCAGGGCUCCAGGGGGAGAGAGGGGCUCCUGGUGGACACAAAGACUGGCUGAUCCUUGCAGGCCUGCGGCCAUUGUGAAUGUCACUAUUUAUACCCGAAACCGGAGGACAUCGUGCCAAUAGUCGUUCACUAUA